AUGGCUGAAAUGAUUACAGAAAAUACGCAGAUUUUAUCUAAAAUCGCUACAAGAUUUGUAUGUAUUAGUGAUAAUCAUGAUAGUUAUGAUUUUAUUCUUCCAGACGGCGACAUAUUACUUCAUUCGGGUGAUAUUACGAAGAAUGGAACUGCAACGGAAGUUGAAACAUUUUUAAAUUGGUUGAAAACUCUAAAUCAAUAUCGUUUAAAAAUAGUCAUUGUUGGUAAUCAUGAAUCAAAGCGAUUCUAUUCAAAGAAAAGAUAUAAAAUACUACCACUACCUAUUGAACAAUUAAAAAAUGAUAAAUCAUUAAUAACCGAUUAUGGUAUUGUUUAUCUUCAAGAUCAAGCAUUUCAAGAUCCAGUCACAGGAUGGAAAUUUUAUGGAAGUGGUUUGCUAUCUGAAUAUUAUAAAAAUUCAGAAGAACUUCGUCGCCAUUGGUCUAAAAUACCGAUCGAUACAGAUAUUCUUCUUACGCAUGGUCCACCUCACUCUAUUUUAGACAUAUCCAGUAAUGCACAUCAUCUCGGCUGUAAAGAACUACUUAAACAAGUAUCAACUGUUAUUCAACCCAAACUUCAUCUCUUUGGUCAUGUCCAUAGAGGAUAUGGACAAUUGAAAAAUGAACAGGAAUUCGGUAGAACAUUGUUUAUUAAUGCUUCUUUGUGCGAUAACCAUUUUCGUAUUGCUCAUGCACCGAUAGUAGUCGAUUUAAGUAAAGGUGAAUAA